UGGCUGUGCCAAGACAGCGAGGAGGGAGGGGAUGUUUCAAUGGCCGCCACUAACGCUCCAAAAUGCGAAAGUCCGGAUUACCCACUGCAUUUACACCGUGCUUGAACGCCCAAUAUUGUUUCUUUUGGUAACCAGGGGUUUCUCUGGAUAAUUUACCACACGGGUAUGUGUUUUUAGUAUUGUUUCAAGUGUACGACACGGACUUUAGCCGCUUGGUUUGUCCGCGAGUGGGGGAUCAAGGCCUAGCCGGCUGGCUAACAAACAAGCCUUCGCUCAGCUACUCGCCGGAGUUGAAAGUUCACAGGUAAUAUGUAACAUAAAGCCACCAGCAUGACAUCCAGAUUUGGCAAAACGUAUAACCGCAAAGGAGGGGAGGCUAACUCAAAGUUCGAGGAGGUCUUCUCCAACCGAAAGCCCACCCUCUCCACCAAAUGGGGCGAGACCACCUACAAGGCGCAGCUGGGUGCCAAAAGGCCUCAGCUGAAGUCGGAUGUCCCGGCUGAAUUGUCCAAGAGGCCCCGGCUUGAGGACAGCGACAGCGGGGAUGACGACCCCUUUGGUUUCGACAGUGAUGAGGAGUCCAAAGGUGGCGUCGAAGGCGUCGUGGCGACGGCGGCCACUGUGGCGACCGUUGUGACGACGACGACCGCGCACUGCACAGGAAGCGCGGCAGCCAAAAUGACAAGCAAGCCACCACCAGAUGCAAAAGUUGUUGAGAAUAACAAGCUGUGGUGCGCACAAGAGAGCAACCAGAAAGCUGCGAUUGUGACCUCCUUGUCAAACACAACCUCCUCAGGAACCCAGAGGACCGCCUCGGCUCCGACUGCACAGGCUUCCGUCACGCAGCCCGCCGAUGAAUCAUGUGGCAGCACAGACCUCCACACCUCCUCUUUGAAUGAUGCACCGCCGCCGGAAGAAAGUUCCGAGCCACCCCCGGAGCCCGUCGACAACACCCCGCCAUCCCCCUUCACCCUCAGAGCCUCAAACUGCAAGAAAUAUCAGCGGCCGAGUCGCUACAACAAGUCGGUCUCACACUCCGCUGAAGGCGAAGGCGACGCCGACGUGGUCCACAAAGUGGCGGACGCUCAAGCGAAGCCCAACAGUGCCGUUUCUGCCUCCACAAGCAACGCCACCAGCGCCGCCAAACCCGCGGCCAAGCCUGCCGGGCGGGUGCGGGAUUACACCGUCUUGCACCCCUCCUGUGUGUCUGUGUGCAACGUCACCAUCCAGGACACCAUAGAGCGGAACGUGGAGGAGCUGGUCACCCCAGCUACACCUGCUGACCUUGGAGAUGCAGGACAGAUGAAGAAGAAGUCUGAUGCUCCUCCACCCAAACCUACAAGAUUCAGACCCACUCAGGUGAAAGCCAAGAAAACCAAGACCGAGUCAAAGUUGGAGUUCUUUGGCUUCGAGGACGAGGAGGCCCAGGAGUGUGCGGCGUCUUUCGACGGCGGCGCGGCCGCGGCGGGCAAGAGCAGCUACAAGAUCAAGUAUUUUGGUUUUGACGACCUGAGCGAGAGCGACGACAGUGACGAUGACGACAGCUCGGCUCAGGCCAAGGAAAAGAAGGCCAGGAAAUCUGCGGUCGCGCUGGCCGCUCUGAGCUCCAGCGUGGACAGCCCCCACACCAGUGACUCCCAGGACAGCCAGGCCAGCAGCAACACAGACAAUUUUGACUUCUCUGAUGACUCCAGUCCGGGGGCCACGGAGGGACAAAAAGGACGCUCGGGGAAGCAAAGCGAAAAAUCCAAGGAGGUCGGCAGCGGCCUGAAAAAGAUCUUCAGCGGGCCCAAAAAGUCCCCUGCCAAGGCGGUGUACAACGCCCGGCACUGGAACCAGCCGGAGCCCGAAGAGAUUCCCACCCCGCCGCUCUCUCGAUCUCAAACGGCCCCGGCCAUCCUAUCCAGUAGCGGCGGCGGCGGCGGCAGCAGCAAGGACAGCAACUCCCAUAAAGAUGAUGGCUUGUUUAAAGCCCCUCCGCCUCCGCCCAAAGUCAUUAAAUCAGAGACCAUCCCCACGCGACCCUACCAGGAUAUCGUCACGGCUCUCAAAUGCAGGAAGGAGCACAAGGAGCUGUACACCGUGGUGCAGCACGUGAAGCACUUCAACGACGUGGUGGAGUUUGGAGAGAAUCAAGAGUUCACAGACGACUUUGAGUACAUGGAGACGGGCUUGAAGAGCAGUCAGCAGCUCAACACGAGAUGCCUUAGUAUAAUCAGCUUGGCAACAAGGUGUGCCAUGCCCAGCUUCAGGAUGCAUCUGCGGGCCAGAGGGAAGGUGGCGCAGGUCUUCAAAAUGCUGAGUGACGCCGCACAACACCCAAACCUUGCACUCUGCACGGCUGCCCUCAUGUACAUUUUGAGCCGCGACCGGCUCAACAUGGACCUGGACCGGUCCUGCCUGGAGUUGAUGAUCAAGCUGCUGGAACUCGACCAGGACUACUCUGCCCACCAAGACCAGCUUACGGCCAAGGAGAUGGAAAAGGUCAAGGAGAAGAUCAGAAAGCUGUGCGAGACGGUACACAACAAACACUUGGACCUGGAAAACAUCACGACGGGCCACCUCGCCAUGGAGACGCUGCUUUCUCUCACUUCCAAGAGAGCUGGUGACUGGUUCAAAGAAGAACUCAGGCUCCUGGGAGGUUUGGACCACAUAGUGGACAAAGUAAAAGAGUGCGUGCAAAACCUGAGCCAAGAGGACGACAAGGAGAACCUCGUAGCAUCUUUAUGGGGCGCCGAAAGAUGCCUGAGAGUACUUGAAAGUGUGACUGUGCAGAACCCAGAAAACCAGAGUUACUUAAUUGCCUACAAGGACUCACAGCUCAUCGUCUCGUCUGCAAGAGCGCUGUGGUACUGCGAGGACAUGAUCCAGCGCUACAGCAGGGCGUUGGACGGCUCCCUGGCGUCGUCGGCGUCGUCGUUGCCUCACUGUAGCUUCAGCAACGUGGGCAAGGCCGUGGAGGACUGCAUGAGGGCUGUCAUCGGAGUGCUGCUCAACCUCACGCAUGACAACGAAUGGGGAAGCACAAAGACUGGUGAGCAGGAUCAGCUCAUCGUAACUGCUCUAAAUUGCGUUCUUCGCGUUCCACGCUACAUCCCGCCAGAGCAGCGCUUUGACAUACGAGUCCUGGGUCUGGGUUUGCUCAUUAAUUUAGUGGAGUACAGCUCCCGAAAUCGCCACUGUUUGGUGGACAUGGAGUAUGACAUUGACGACUUCUGCCUGGAGGACAGCCUUAUGCAGGCCGCCGACCAGACGCAAACGGACACGAUGGCCACGGCCGAGACUCAGGAAGACGGAGCGGAGAAGCCGAAGGCCUCUGGAGCGUUGGCUGCCCUGGUGAAGCUCUUCCUGGAAAGAGAGCGCGCUGCCAUUCAAGCCGAGGCCAAGACCGACGACCUCAUCAGCGAGGCGCCCAAACCGCAGGACCAGAGCGGCGAGUGGAAGGAGACCAUGGGCGAGAUCCAGUGGGUGGCGGCCGAAACCAACGACAGCCAGCCUGAAAAGGAGAAUCCAAAGAAGGAGGAGGAUGAUGAGGAGUUGGACCUAAAUAAAGCUCUGCAGCAUGCAGGCAAGCACAUGGAGGACAGCAUAGUGGCCUCCUACACGGCCCUGCUGCUGGGAUGCCUCUGCCAAGGCAGCCAGGUUAACGUGACUACUGUGAGAGAACACCUCCCUAAAGGAGAUUUCUCCAUCAUGACGGAGAUGCUGAAGAAGUUCUUGAAUUUUAUGAACCUCACUUGUUCAGUGGGCACCACAGGGCAGAAGUCCAUCUCCCGGGUCAUUGAGUAUCUGGAGCACCUCUAACAGACGCCCCGGCAAAGCUAACACACUGACUGACUGACUGCACACUGAAGCGGGGGACGCCAAGCAGACUGCAGCUGGUGAUCACCCUACAAGACCCCCCCCUACACAAGGGAGUCAUUCGGGGUCAUUCCAAUGACUCCACCCUCUGACCACACCCAGGGCCGAUGAUGUUGGGGAAAAGUUUAAAGAGGUCGCACGGCCUCCUACCAAAGCUCACAGUCAAGAUAGCACGCCGUCGUCGUCGGGGGGGGAAGGUUCUCGACGGAGCGUGAAACCUAACCACCCCCCCCCCCGACCCCCCGAAUGAAAUUUCACGGAUGGUUACAUUUUUAAUCUUCACUCAUUCUCAUCAAAGCCGAGAGUGAAAUCACUGAUUAGCAUGAGGAACAAUCACGUUCAUGCAUGUCACAAUGAUGUCUCAAUGCAUAUGGAAUUUUAAUUUUAAUUUUUAUGACUACAUGAAUUCAGUCACCCUCAUGUUUGCAGUUUGCCUCGAAUGUCAAGGGAUGAUGUAUUUCUCAGUCGUUUAUGUUCCCUUGUCGCCCAUUCAUUUUUUUUUUUUUAGGACAUUUUUCUUUCCUUCCUUGCUUAAUGAAAUGUGGAUUGUGUGACUAUUAUUUGGGUGAUAAUGGCUUCAAUAGUUUCUCACACAUUAUCAACUUGAACAUAUUUACUUGGUGUGUGUGUGUGUGUGUUUUAGACUAUUUAAAUUUAAGAAUACGUAGUUUAAAUUUAACCUCACAGACAUGAAUUGCUUUGUGCACCCCCUGCCCUUCCUCCAGUUCAGAAUCAUAUUUUUAAUGUAUUUAAUUUAAUACUCCUUUAUUUUGUACCAUCUUAAAUUCUGCAUAUUGAUUAUGUCAUUGUGGACAGGCUGGGCAUAGUGUAGUUUGAAAAAAAUUGAAUUGAAAAUUGAAAAAUCGAAGAUUAAAUUAGACCAGAUAUAAUUUGCAGGUCUAAAUUGUAGUCGCUGGAUUAUCUGCAAAUAUAGGAUCUUUCUGAUUUAGACGGAGAAGUGCUACAUGUAUUUCUGUAUGUCCAGCCACACUCCACACAUGUAUUUAUAUUACCAUGUGUGUCACUAUUACCUGUGAAAAGGUACAUUUGAUAGCCAUGCCCGUCUAGGCAGGCAGACGUCACCCGCUUCUUACAAUAGAGGGUCUGAUGAAUGAAUUUAUUGUUACUCUCCUUUGCUCUAAAUGGAAUUGUAGACUGUAAAUACUGGUGUACAUAGGUGCUUGAUGGACAUUUAAGAUGCUUAGACUACUCUUACCCUCGCUCCCUUUUUAACCCUCCCAGGAAACUGAUAUUUUAAUUUUAUACAAUGUUUCCCUGAGUUGGAAAAACACACACACAAAAUGAGAAAAUGGAGUGGAAAAAAAAAAGUUUGUACCUGUUUCCAUGUAAAUAGUUGUAUUCUGGAAAAAGUAAAAAAAAAAAAAACAUACCCGCUUUCACAACAUUCCUAUUGGGAUUUAUUUGUCGGCUUGGAAGCGGCACAACACCAACAUUAACUACAUCAGAAUCUUAAAUGUAUGGGAUGUAUCCUGCUCAAAAUGAGACACAACAUCAGAUGAAAUGAUGCUGUGCUCUGGCUUUCAUUUGCGGUCUGUCAAUCAGGAAAAAAAACAUCUCAGCAUCCAUGUCUGCUUCCCCGCCAUUGAAUCUGUCUGCAGGUAUGUUUCCCACCACUAGGGGGAGUGAGUGCUCUGCCCCAACUUGUUUAAAUUGAAUGUUUUAUUUAUAUUUUUAAUACACAUCAACGCGCACAUCCUCUCA